AUGCAGAGGUUGACGCUAAGGCGCCGGCUUUCGUAUAACACAAAUUCCAACCGGAGGCAGAAGUACGUUUUUAAAACAUCUUAAUGGCCUGGAUUAAUUAAUUGCCGUGUAUAAAACUCAAAUUGUUUUAUCAAGGGUGAAAACUCCGGGCGGGAAGGUCGUCUACAUCUACCUAAAGAAACGCGGCACCCUCCCAAAAUGCGGAGACUGUAAGCGGAAGUUGGAUGGCAUUAAGCCAUCCCGUCCUAUGGACAGAAGCCGCAUGUCGAAGCGCAUGAAGACGGUGAACCGAACUUAUGGUGGGAGCCGGUGCCACGCAUGCGUCCGAAACAGGUUUCUGAAUUUUUUGUCUUUACGCCUGUAGAAUCCUCCGUUCGUUUCUCUCUGAAGAACAAAAGGUUCUGAAACAGAUCCUGCGAGAGAAGAGGAAGGAGCGCAUAAGGGCGGCAAUUGAGAAACGAAAGCAGCAGAGGAAGGAGGCAGCCAGGUCGGCUGCAAAGCCCUCAGCAAAGGCCAAGUAA